AUGAACACCGUUGCCUUUUGUCUGUUCGCCGUUGUAUCCUGUUUAUCCGUGGAAACGACGUUCAAUUUGCGUUCGCGAUGGAGGAGAUUUCAAGACAGUUAUUUUAUUGUUGGAGCUCUUUUUCCGAUAACGGAAGGUCCAAGAUGCGAUAUUGUAAGAGAAGAAGGUUUGCUUCUUGUGGAAGCUUUCGUGCACACUGUGAACGCGAAGAACAACGAGUCAAGUUUCCCUGGUGGUUCUAUUGGCUACGAUAUUAGAGACACUUGUUCAAUCCCUGCUGUCGCUUUAAGAGAGCUCCUGGACAUACUUGGCAAAAGUGAAGGCUCUUCGAGGAAAAACUGCUCUUUGUCAAAGGCUGGAAAUAGCUGUGGGGUGAUUGCAGUUGUUGGCCCUCAAUCAAGCAAGAGUGCGCUCGCGAUCAGUCCACUAUUGAGCAUGUAUGGAGUACCACAAGUAAGAGAAAUGUAGCCGUUGUGCGUGUUUUUGUUUUUCAUACAGUGUCAGCUUGGCUGUGCUCCAAUUUUAAGUGUUCAGAUAAAACUUUAAAGCUCUUGGGGGGAAUAGAGAGUCAAAGUUUUCUUUUUUAUAAGUAGAGCUGCGAAUUUCUUUGCAUGUUCAAAGUUUAUCAGUUUGACUGAAAGUAAGUGAUAAGUAGGACCUUCGCUUUAAGGCUUGGCUAAAAACUAUGUGGACUUAUAUGUAUUUAUUAUUGUGUUCUAGCGUGAUACGUAUUGCAUGCAAGAUUAAUUUGUCACUAACCAUAAAAUUUCAGAAGAACACACGAAAAAGAUCAGCUAACAACAAGAGCACCUUCACAUUGGUGGAGUUUUAUUCAGAUUCUUAGAUAUAAGUAGCGAACCCAAGAUAAAAAGUUUUUGAUCUGUAACGCAUUUAUCCGCCAUGUCGAGGUUUGAGAUAUUUCAUUUAAUACACUGGCCGGAGGCAGGUGUCGGCGAGAAACAAAAGUAGUAGCAAAUUCAGUCUUUUACAUGCAAGCAAUGAAACAUUUGCAUAGCAUUUUUACUAGAAAACAUCUGUAAAAACAGAAAUUUAAGUUAUGUUGUAGCUUUUAUGAUUUUAUGUUGAAUGUGUGUUAAACUUUUGGCACCUUUUGAAAACGUUUUACUUGGAUUUGGUCAUCCUACUUUCACUUUUACAAGAUAGCUGUUCUUGAGUGGGAGAGUGGGUCACACUACAUUUAAUUUUAAUUUGUUGAUUUCAAAAUAGGAAUUGGAACAUGCAAUAUGUUACUCUGCACGGUCGCAAUUUUGACAGGCGAGGAAACAAAACUUGAGGGCAUAAAUGUUUUAGAAAUCAUUUUUUUGCAAGAAGUUUUCUUUUUAAUUUUCGCUUCAAGAAGUCUUAGAUUAUUCCUGCGAAGAGGAUUUACUCCGAGGCAAUUUUUAAACUACUUAUGAACGGUUUAAUAACCGAUAUAUAUAUGCAUGUUUUUUUUUUUCAAGAAAAAAUUUGUUGGAAUAAGAAAGGGAGCUAAUACAAAUCAAACUGGAAAUUUCUGGGGCCGCUGUAAAUCAGAACCAUUCACAUAAUAUUUCAUCCAACAAUUCUUCCGGCUCGGAUGAACGAUUAUCCGAUUAUCUCUGAUUAAUAUUUUGAUGAUUUUGUCAGCUAACAAACACGAAAUGCAGUCUGUGCAAAUUUAAAUAAUUCUUUUAUUCAGCUACCGCGAAAUGUAUUUCGAUUACUGUUUUAACAGAUGGAUUUUAUAAUGUCACUCUAUCAAACAAAGAUCGUUUCCAGUGGCGUUUUUCAAAUUUUUCUUUUCUUUUCAUUUUGUGGAUUAGCAGAAGCUACACUUUUUUGUGUCAUUACGGCGCUUUUAAGAUCAUAUACUUUUUAAAUCUAACAAGAGAAACUAAUGACUUGUUUUUCGAAGUGCUUAUUUCCAUAAAAUCGGAAGUUUUGGACAGCGAGUGCUCCAUACUUAAAAAAAUGUUGUCAUUUUGGUCUGUCUAAUUUAUCAACAAGCCUUUUCUAUUCUAGCAGGGGCGCGACCUUUCUUAUUACCAUAUAAGUUGUUUACAGUAGAAAUAGAGGCUUUGAAGUAGUGACGAGUCUUUCUUCCUCUUGGUUAGAUUGCCUAAAGCCAUUUCAGUGUAGGCGGGAGAAGGUUGUUUUCCCCACGUUUCAUGCAAAUAUAUCACGCUAUAACACGCUAAGAACACCCUCCGCCGCGCACGAAAUGGUUGCUCAAUGCUCCUACGAGGGUCUAGAUUUUUUCAUAAUAUAUCGUUUUUUUAUCAUCCUGAAUGAGAAGUAUCGGUUCGCUCUCUCCCUCGUUACAACCAGUUUUCCAAAUUGAUCCUAGCGCUAUUCGUGUCUUGUGCACGAACGACACGGGUGCAUACAUUUCAACGAAGACCAGUUCUAUACCAUCGGGUCCUUGAAGAACUGAGAGAGAGUGGGAAAAGGGAUUUUUUUUAAUCCUGAAGCGGGCUAGUCGAGACUAGCAUCACCACCCAGCCUUGAGGAAAGUAUGCGAUCAUACUCUCUGUUCCUCUUCGUGACAAAAGCGUCGGUAAUGUUCGGUGAUCAAUAUUGUGAAAUAUGAAUUUACAUAUGAAAGCUAUGGAGCUUUUUUUCUUUUUUAAGUAUUCCCUUUUCUGGUUUGUCGCCCUUUGUUGCUUCUCUAAAAUAAUUUUGUGACUUUUAUAUCUAUUUCCAUUUUUAUUAUAAGUAGGCAGUGAAUAAGGAUGUCAUUCAAGUCACGUCUUUCCCGUUUCCUAUUCAUUAAAUAUGACUUCUCUUAUUUUUAAAGAGUCCCGUUGAGAUUGACUUACAAUACUGCUAUUAAAGAAAGGAAAAAGAAGAAGAAAAUUAAUCGGGUUUUUUUUUUAAAAUAUCAUAAACGAACAGUUGAUUGUGGCUUGAAAAUGUAGUGAGUAAGCUACGGUCAGGUGGUUAUUUUUGUAAUUUGUGAUGUAAAUUUAUCUAAAAAAUUCUGACCAUUGAGGCGAGCGCUGCGAUUUACUUUUGCUUAAACCAGAGAAGUAGCCAUUACGCUUUGUUGCCCGCGUUGUUGUUCUGUAAGACUAAUUCAAAACGAGAGGAGUUUUUCUGUCCUUUGGAAAUGAUUUUGAUCCCGUAUGUAAAUUUUAGUAUCAAUCGACCCAUGUCAUACAGAGAGGCCAUUCAGAUGACAAAAAUUAAUAAGCCAAUAACUCAGCUCCCGCCGAGUUUCUUCAUUCGAUGCAAAUGACUUCUCACCAACCUUCCGUUUGCAAUGAUUUACAAUUUAGAGUUUGAGUCAACCUUAUUUUGUCCUCGUUGACCGCGCUCCAAGCUCGUACGUCCAGGGUUAUUAUUAUUAUCUUUUGUAUAAACUUUUUGGAUAAAAGCAAUAUGUCUCGUAUCUUUUAACUACACUCGUUUUCGUACCUGAGCAUGAAUAUGAAAUUAUUUAAAUUGAUUAGAGCCUGCAUAGUUUUUAACUUACCUCUUCGAAGCUACCAUAUCACUAUGCACUUGUGGCAACGAGCGCUGCGUGCUUGCUUCCAUGUUACAAUAGUCUUCAUCGUUGGACGUGUUUUUAACGAUCGUAGUCUGUCUAGUUCAUUUUGUUUAAAAUACCAGGUACCCGUCCUUAUUGGCUAUAAAACUAGAGAUAUUACCUGUGAAGGACAAAAGCACAGUUUUGUGUCAAACAAAAUGUCUCCCAAGCAUCAUAUCAAUCGUUACAAACAACAUCCGCUUCAAUCUUCUUCAAGUUUAUCCAUCCGUGCUUCUUUUUGUAUUUGCUUUGUCAUUUAUACCUUUCUCUAACUUUUUAAGCGGUUAUUUUAAUGUUUCAGUCAAUUUGGUGGCAGUUUGCAAUGUUUGAAUUUUGAUACAUUUUGUGACACAGCCCCAGGUUUUUAAAUCUGAUUCCAGGGCCAUAGUGUGUCACUCCUAUCAGGGUCUACCAGCAACUAUAAUUAUUAUUAGUAUUUUCAACGAAAACAAUAAUAGACUCAGUUUUUACCGAUACGGCUGCCGUAUUGAAUUAGUUAGAUUUAAGGAGCAUUAUGAGAUGUCCAGGGGGCAUGAGCACAUUCCGAUAUAUUCGCUUAGUAUUAACGCGCACCUUUCGGGGCAUUUUUUCUUAAAGUUUCCUAGAAUAAGAUUGUAAUGGCAAAAAAGGUCGUUAUGCAGUGUUGGACGUAAUAAUGAUCGCCUUUUUCCCGAGAAAUCUACAGUGAAAGACCAUAUUUCUAACACUAAGCGAGUAUAACGGAUCGUGCUCAUGCCCUCCUUGGCAUCCUAUAAUACUCCUUAAACCGAAUUAAUUCAAUAUGGCCGCCGUAUCGGUAAAAAGGUCUAUUUCUUUAUUGGCAUACGGCUAUGAAGAUAAAAUAAAUGUUACGUGGAAAUGACUAGUUUAUACCGGCUGUUUAUCACAAUCUGUAUUCUCCAAAUUCUAUAUACGUCUGUGUAAUUACAUGAACUUAUUGAAAGUGACACCGGAAUUGGGGUUUUUUAUUCAUUUAUCAGUUCAAUUAUUAUAUCGAAAAUAUUUUUUAUCUACACACGGUAUUUUUUUGCACUUGUUAAUCCUAACUAUUUUCAUCCUCUCUUUAUCCAAAUAUAUUUAACUCAUGAAAUUACAUAUAUUUGAACUGGCGAAGAAGGGGAUGUUUUUUCUGUUUGAGAGACUGUAAUUAAGGAACUUAAGAUUUUCUUUAAAAUAUUUUAAACUUUAUGGUGGUGUAUACCCCAGGGGGGUAUUGCCAUAUAUGGGCUAUAUGGGUAUGUGCCGCUGUGAAGGGUAAUGGUUUUCAAGCAGUUUACUCUAGGAUAGGAUAUAUAAAUCAGAGCGUUUGGGUCUAGAAUAGGGUAACAUUUUUCAGGAAACUGAUCAGUUGGUUGAAGAUUUUAUCUAGACCAGGGAAACUGCUACUCCAGGAUAGGGGGAUUUGGGGAGUUUACUCUAGUAUAGGGUAGCAAAAUUCAGCUGAACUAGCUCUGGUAUAGGUUAAGGGUUCAAGGGUGCCUGCGGCACAUCCCCACCCAAACAUUCCUAAAGUACCCCCCGUGGUGUAUACGCACCACAAUAAAACGAGCUUUAAAAGCGCGUUCUCAAUACUAACAAGUCAUUAAGUCAUUACCCUUAUGGUGGUGUUGACAUCAGAUCUUAAUUACUCAAAUUUUUCGGACUCUCGCUUUGAAUGUUUUCAAGAAUUAUUGUUCAUUUGAGAGGCUGUAUCAAACACUCAGCUUCGUGUUUCAUUCGACAUCCUGUCGCCUCAUAAUAUGACCCUACCCGGUUAAACGGCCGACCAAAUUAUCUUGGCUUAUUGUUGGCUGUAUUAAUGGCGUUCUCAGUGCUGCAAUUUGAAAAGGACUUGAUGUGCCUUAAAAGACACUUAAAACCUCGAGAAAUUUUCGCUGUCAUUAAUAAGUAUAAGCGUCAUUUAAAUGAUCAUGGUAAUUGUCUUUCCUGUGUUAAAGUGAUCUUAAGGUUGUAAAUCUCUAAAUGUUAAAACGCGCGUUGAUUUUCCUGUCAGCAUGGGUUUAUGUGUGUAAAUGGCUUUGGCGUCGUUUGUUUGCGUCUAGAAUAUUCUCUUUUCUUAUUGUUUGAAAGUUAAUGAUGUUUUUUUUCUUUGUAUUAACAUGCGUAUUACUGUUUAGAAAACAAAAUCAGAAAAAAACACUGACAAAACGAGUGGAGCAUGAAAUAACGAAAAUGUGUGUUUGUGCAAAUGCUUUACCAGUGAAUCAGGCCGCUAUUGAUAUCCCCUAACAUGUACAACAUCACCGAGUCCUCCCCAAAAACCAGGGCAUCUCAUUCACUAAACUUUAUUCCACUUCAGCCAUCCUGUGACGCGUACAAAUACAGCUUCUGGCCGAGAACUAACACUGACUGGGAUGGUUUGCCAUCUCACUAUUUAACCACAGAUUCAACUGCAAAAUCUAAAACCAUCAUCUCUGACUAUAUUUUUUCACUGUAAUGUUAUUUCUUGUAUUUUUUUUUUAUUCUUAGUAGUAGCAUUUUAGUUUAUCAUGUAAGGAGCUUACGAGUACGUCUAUAAUAGAUUUUGCUAGGUAAAAUAUGUAACAAUGUAACAAUUUUUAAAAACGUUUCUGCGCGCACCUAGCCAAACAUUUCCUGUUCUUUCUUCUUUUCUUUCCCCGAUCGACAGAUGAACUCAACACACUGUGAGCAUGCGCUGAGAUUUGGUUUCAUUUUUUACGUUUAUAUUUCGCCACUCUUCAUGUCUCGAAUUUGAUGAUAUAAUCAAAAAAUAUUUGUCUAGAAAGGAAGAAAAAUCCUUGAAGUAUUUUGUGUCAUUUUUAAAUUUCAUAUUUUCUGUUUACUCUUCUUCGUUUGAAUGUUAUAUAAUAAUCAUAUUCAUUGGUAUGAAAAAGAAAAAAAAUCCUUGAUGUGUUUUACUUUUUCCAAAAUUAAGUGUUUCCUGUUUACUGGUUGGUGUGUUGUGUUUCAAUUUUAUUUUUGUAUCAGUGUCUAUAAAUAAAUGGCAACACAAUGACAGUUUUAUUUGAAAUUACAUGGCUGCAAAGACCCCCUCUUUAAUGACUGGUAUUACAUCUGAGAUAAUGGAUAAUUGAAAAGAGAUGCUCUUCUCGACAUGGCUUAUUACUCUUUUUGGUUCCCUUUCUUUGGAUUGUAUGCAAUUUAUUGAUGAUCUCAGUUUUGAGGGGAGAGGGGUAAAAGAGAUAAGCCGGAGGAUAUUCGGCCUCCCCCCGCUUCUUUACAGUCCCUGUUAACAGCUAUUUCUAAACUUUUUCAAGACCUUUACUUGCAAAAAGAAAAACUUAUAUAUAAUGAUAAUGAAUUAAUACAUAAAAUUAGUUUAAAAAUCGCGUAGACAUUUGCAAGACUGCGAGUCAUUCGUAGUGAUGACUUUUUCAAGUCCGUUCGCCAAGAACAUUUUUCGUAUCCAAAUCGUCUUUUCCGUACUUCAGUAACAGCUCGUGUGAAACUUAUUCACUUAUUCAAUCCGAAAAUACCUCGCAAACACAAUUUUAAAUUGUGCGCCAUGUUGGACAAAUCGGAGGCCCCUUCCACACUAGUGUGUUUCUCGUUUUCGUUUGAAAACGCAUAUAUUCACUCCGAUUUUUUAGCUAGUUGUUCAGCACUGUGUUACAGUACUUUUUUUGGAAGCACUAUUGGUUUCCCCUCUUUAAAAACGAGAGAAUCUGGACCGAUUUAGCUUUCGGAAAGUACCUCUGGGACGACUCAGGGACUGUUUCUAGGGACUGAAAAAAAAAAACGAAAAAAGAAAAAAGAAAUGGAGUACUUAAGUGUGACGUCAUAAAAAUGAAAUUUCUGAAAUCAUGGAAUUUGUCAGGAUAUUCUGAAAGAACAAUGUCCAAGAGGCCUACUUGCCAAAAAUGAGCAUUUCGGGGCAUAUUGUCUCUGAGAGCGUAGCCCAGUUAUGCUUAGAAAACUCUAUACAAACCCUUCUAAAUUUUUUUUGGGUCGACCCCCCAAAAAGUAGAAGGGUUUGUAUGGAGUUUAAUUUCUGGGUAUAAGCGGCUAACAUCUCGCCAACAAUUUGCCCCGAAAUGCUCAUUUUUCCUAAGUAGGCCUCUUGGACAUUGUUCUUUUAGAAUAUCCUGACAAAUCCCAUAAUUUCAGAAAUUUCAUUUUUAUGAUGUCAUCACUUUAGUACUGACCGGCGCGUCCUUAAUAACGAUCCCAGUAACAAGUGCGGGACAGAUUUCGGCUCGAGUUUUCCUUUCGUUUCUAAAGUAGCGAAUUUUGAAGACUAUGAUAAAGUUUCUGAGUUAAUUUUCUAUUUUUUGCAGGUCAGCUAUGGCGCUUCCAGUUCACUUCUUAACGACAGUUCCAUGUACAAUACUUUUUUUCGCACCUGCCCCUCCAACGGACAUCUCGCAAUUUCUCUAGCCGCUAUCAUUGCCUACUUUAGAUGGUCCUGUAUCAAUAUAGUUUCCUCGAGAGAAGAGGGUUCGUAUCUUGAGAUCGCCCAAGACCUAAAGCAAGAACUUAAGUACCACAACAUAUGUGUUGCGAUCGACGAGGUGGCUGGCUCGUAUGACGAAAUUCCAGGUAUAAUUUUCAAAAUCAAAAGGCGCGCAACUGUAACCGUAAGCGUCCUUUUGGGAAGUGAUGAUUAUGUUGCUCACAUUCUUGACGAGAUCAGGAACAAAAAUCUGACUAAAAGGAUAUGGAUUGGAAUCAACAUACCGCGGAUUGACAAUACAUUUGUAAUCGAUGGCUCACUUUGGAUCUCCACGCCAGCGGAAGACUUGGGCGAACUUGGAAGUUACAUCAAGAAGGUAUCGGCGGACAUUUCAGGAAUAUUUUUUAAAGGGCUUGCGGCCAACAGGUACAGACCUGAAAAUUUUACUCAGAGUAAUUUCCUUUACUUGCAGCGUUUCCCUUGGGAUAAAAUCGUGUAUGUUAUGAACUCAGUACUUGCGAUUGCUAGUGGACUCGAAAGCGUGAAACCUUGCCUCCAUGGUGAUCCCCAUUGUUCGAACUGCUUGGAGGAAAAUUUUACCUUAUCCUACGUUAGGAAUCUUCUUCUAAGACAAUUGGAGGGGAGUUCUUUUGUUGACAAUCGUGACGUCUAUGUAUCUUUUAAUAAAAAUCGAGAAUUGAACACAGAAUUCGACAUCUUAAACUUACGCAUCACCGACAAUAGUACUUUAACGUCAUUCCGAGUCGGAAAGACAACCGGACAUAGAGGUCUGGUAAUUAAUGCGAGUGAAAUUCGUUGGCCUGGUAAUGAGCCUGAAGUCCCUUUUUCGGAAUGCUGGGAACGCUGUCCUUCGGGCUCAUACACCGAGAACUAUUCUGGUGUUUGCUGGUGGAGCUGCCAUAAGUGCCCUCAUGGGACAUACAAUAGUAACUCCACCUCGACCAUGUGUAGUGCGUGCCCAAAGGAGCAAAUGACAAACGGACUUCAAAGCGCAUGCGUGGACAAGCCGCUGAUAAUUAUUAAAACUGGGGAAUUUCUUGCAGUUAUAUUUCUGUCAGCUUGUGGCCUGGGAGAGAUGUUAACUUUGUUGGUACUUGGUGUAUUUGUGCGGUACCAUGUGACACCUGUGGUGAAAGCAGCUAAUCUCACUCUUAGCCUGUUGUCUUUGAUCGUUCUCCUCGCCUGGUUUCUAAUACCCGGUCUUUAUAUUGGUCAACCAACCAAUGUCACAUGCAAUCUAAGAGCUGUCGUCUUUGCUGUUUUGUACACAGCUAUUACGUCGGUUCUUUUAACCAAGACAAAUCGCGUCAUCAAAAUAUUUUCCGCCAUUAAUGUCAAGAAGCAUCGUUUUCUCAGUAAUUACUGGUACGGGUUUCUGACGUGCGCGUUAAUCAUAGUACAGCUCGGGAUAUGCGCUUUACACCUUCUUAUUUUCCCGCCGAAACUCGUUUACGACUACAGCGUUUCAGAUGCUCUUCUCGUACAAUGUAAAGCGAAUCUGGGUUUCGACGUCACUGCGCUUGGAUAUAACAUUUUCUUGUCGCUAACGUGUUGUGUUUUAGCGUACCAGUCUCGUAAACUUCCCUCAGCAUACACCGAAUUCAAAUGGAUUUUUCUUGCGAUGUUUUCAAACAUUUCAUCAUGGCUAAUCAUUCUGAUAAACAGUCAUGCUUGGCCCUCUACCAAGGGAAACCUUAUUUGCACAAUUAUGGCUUUGAUGGUGGGCGCAUAUGCAAUGCUUUUUCUUUUGUUUCUACCUAAAGUUCGCGUUAUAUUCUUCCGACCUGAGAAAAACACGAAACAAGCUGCUAUAGAAAGUACACGGCGUUAUUCAUUAGAGCAGGCCAGCGGUAUUGACCUAUCGCCGGUUCAAGGAUCGGAUCAACGGCGUAACUCCUCCCCGGCGUGCUUAGCGAUGCAAUUUAUGAAGGGCUCUAUUGGGAAAUUACCAGCGAUUAAGAACAAUCUGGGGUCAAGACGAUCCCAGAGUUCCAAGAUUACGACGAUAAACGAAUGUUCAGAAGAAAGAAAAACAAGCAUUUGAGCUCGUUUAACCAAGGUCAAAACUCCUUAGAAAACAUAGUACUAGGUUUCUGCCAACUGAAAGGUUAUAGGAAUUCGUCCACAGAUUUAAAAGGGGUAAUGUCGCCAGGAUAUUGCUGUUUGGUUGACCACUACCCCUCCCCUUACCCUUAGUCCACAUUGAUACUUACUUCUCACUUAGGGCAAAAUUGUGAUUUAGGGGAGGGGUUGGUGGUCACUUACCCAGACACCUUAAUUGAUUCUGUCUUUUUAAUAAAUUGUGCGUACAUAUACACGGGAAUAAGGCGAAAUUUGAAUGCAACAGUUCUCUAGAGUAUUAUCACAUAACCUACUGGGAAAACAAAACAUACAAGCUAAUGAGGUCCAUUGUGCACGUGGACAGCCACAACUACACAUUUUCAAAGAUUGUAACGGCCUAGCUUUGGUCCGUUUAGCCUUAGCUUUUACCACGCUUUCUCGUCCUGUUCAGUAAAAACGCGUGGAUGUAAAGCAUGGCUGUAACAUUUGAAGUAGAGAAAACCAAAAGCGUCUUGAAAACGCAUUUAUGUGGAGGAUGCGGGAACCUUACUGUUGUUUUGUUUAUAAAGUAGCAAGAUCAGUUAAAAAGCGAGUAAAACCCGUAUAGUUUCAAGUUUUUGAAAAUUUGUUGAAUGGAGAUUUGACUAAUCUAGAAUUUAAAGGAAUGUAUACGAUGGCAACAACACUAUACAUUUUUUCAAGGUUAGAAUCCUUUUUCGCAGUUUAGCUAAAACAAUGAGUCAGGAACGCUAGCAAAGACUUUGACCCCACCGGAACUCAGUUCAACAACUGUUUUGUCGUAGGAAUUUGAAUCAAUUUAACUUAAAAUAUUUAGUAUAAAUUAACUCAUUUCGAGGUUGUAUGGGCCUAAUUUGCCGUUUUUGGUAAAUAUUAAGCUAAAAAUUUUGAUAGCCAAUUUAAAACAUGACAACAUUUCGAUCCAUUCAACCUGAUAGGAAGAUAGACAACUUGUUGGCAAACCGUCUAUCAUUAUUGUAAAAUGCCUAAUUUAUUGAAUAAAAUGGAUGUUAUCUUUUCGGUG